AUGCCGGCCCAACUCUUCCUGCCCAGUCGGUCCGUUGCACACCAACAACGACGCUUAUCGCGAAGGGAGCACCUGUCGGAGCUUCACUCCGACCUUCGUCAUCGGCUUUGCGGGCCACUUCCCAGAGUCAACAAGCCCUGA